CGAAGGCAGGGGCUGCCAUGGGGUCUGACGGGCGGGCCGGGCCCUGCCAGCCCCGCUGGGGACGCGGUGCCGCUGCCGCCCCCCGGGCCGGGCUGCGAGCCGCGGGCAGCGGGCGAAGCUCCCGCAGUGGCGGCUCUGGCGGUGCUGUUCCGCAGCCGGCGGUACCCCGGGUUCCCGUGUGUUAAAACCGCGCUGUGCCCGGUGCCCGGCCUUGGGGGAGCGCGUAGAGCCGGGCUUCCUUCCCGCGGGGGCUGUGGUCGCCUCCUGCCUGCCCGGCGCUGCUUGUGCGGGCUGCCGGGCGGGCAUCUGCAGGUGUCGCGCUGGGAGACUCCUGCCUUCGGGAGCAAAGCCCCGGCACGGCUGAGAGCCCUUCCCGGAGGCUCUGCUGGCCUGGGAGGUGGCGGGCAGGGCUCCUGGAAAGCCGGGAGCAGCCUCUCUGUGAGCUGGUGUGUGUGCGUUUCAGGUGAUUACUCUGUGUGCGGCUGUCAUUCGCUCCGCAGGGAAGCUAAAUGGAAAUUCCACCUCUUUCUGGUAGUAAAUCCACAUUGUCCUUUACUACCAAUCCCUCUAGUUUUCCCUGCCGGGCUCCUCUCUCUUCCAAGGUGUUCUGUGUAUUACACCUGACAUUCACGUUGACAAUUUGUUGAACAUAAGAUACAAAAGGGUUAAUGCUCUUAACUCAUAGUUGCGUGAGUAAUGGUUUGUUUUGGCUCCGGAGAGCCACACCUGGGCACGGACCUUUGCAGAUGCUUUUACCAGCUGGAGUUUCAAAUAGCCAUAAAAGAAGCUGGAAGGCUCGGGGUGCCACAGGCUGCUCCGUGUUUGAUCCUGAGAGGAGCUUCCCUGGAGAGGGGCGGUGUGUUUGCAGCUGGCUGUUGCACAGCAGGUCUCAGGUACAUCACAGGCAUGAGGAUGACUCUGAUGUUGCAAUAUUCAGCAUGAGAAGAGCAUGGAACUGUUGGAGCAAGUCCAGAGGAGGCCAUGAAGUUGAUAAGGGGACUGGGGCACCUCCCCUGUGGCUGGUGGAGUCGGGGUUGUUCUGCCUGGAGGAGCUUGCAUGGAGACCUCAUAGAAGCCUCCCAGUAUCUGAAGGGGCUACAGGGAAGCUGGACAGGGACUCUUCAUCAGGAAACGUGACAGGAAAAGAAAAUGCUCUGAACGUGACCUGGACAGCGCCCGCUGGAACUAAACCUGCCCAAAGCAAAUCCUCCUUCAGCCAGGGCCUGUUUGUGGUGAGCAGGGCGCCUGUGCAAGGGAUGGGCUCGGAGAACAGUGCUUUGAAGAGCUACAGCCUGGAGGAGCCGCCCUUCACGCUGCCCAGCGGGCACACCAUCUACCCGGCCGUGCUGCAGGAUGGCAAACGGGCCUCCGUGUUCGUGUACAAGAGGGACAGCCAGGAGAAGGUCAACAAAGCUGCCAAGCACCUGAAAACCUUGCGCCACCCUUGCCUUCUGCGCUUCCUCUCCUGCACUGUGGAAGCCAACGGGAUCCACCUGGUCACAGAGCGGGUGAAGCCCUUGGAGAUGGUCCUGGAGACACUCUCUGCUGCAGAAAUCUGUGCAGGCAUCUACGAUGUGUUGCUGGCACUCAUCUUCCUCCAUGACAGGGGAAACCUAACUCAUAACAACGUCUGUUUGUCAUCUGUGUUUGUGAGUGAGGAUGGGCACUGGAAGCUGGGAGGAAUGGAAACAGUCUGUAAAUUCAGUGAAGCCACCCCAGAGUUCCUCUGCCACGUGAGGUCGGUGCGAGACCAGUCGUGCAUCCCCUGCGAGGAGAUGUCUGCAGACUUCAAAAUCCUGCCCAGCAGCUACGGGCAUGCGAGGGAUGCCUACGCAUUUGGGACAACAGUUGAGAAUCUCCUGACAGUUCUCAAUGACCAGGUUUCAGCAGAUAUUCUCUCCAGCUUUCAGCAAACCUUGCACUGUACACUGCUGAAUCCAGACCCAAAGUGUCGCCCACCACUGUCCAGCCUAUUGUCUCACGAGUUCUUCAGGAAUGAUUUUCUGGAAGUUGUGAAUUUUCUGAAGACCUUAACGCUAAAGUCUGAGGAGGAGAAAACUGAAUUUUUCAAAUUCCUGCUGGACAGGGUGGCUGGCUUGUCAGAGGAGCUGAUAGCAUCACGGCUGGUGCCUCUCCUACUCAAUCAGCUCGUGUUUGCAGAACCUGUAGCUGUCAAGAGUUUUCUUCCUCAUCUGCUGGGCCCAAAGAAAGAGCAAAGUGGGGAGAGCCAGACCAGCUGCCUGCUGUCACCAGCCCUGUUCCAGGCCCACGUGAUCCCUGUGCUGCUGAAGCUCUUUGAGGUGCACGAGGAGCACGUGAGGAUGGUGCUGCUGUCUCACAUCCACGCCUACGCCGAGCUGUUCUCUCGGGAGGAGCUGAAGAACAUCAUAUUGCCACAGGUGUUGCUGGGCCUGCGGGACACCAGUGACUCCAUCGUGGCCAUAACCCUGCACAGCCUGGCCGUCCUCGUCUCCCUGCUUGGGCCUGAAGUGGUUGUGGGUGGAGAAAGAACAAAGAUCUUCAAAAGCUCUGCACCAAGUUUCAUGAAAACUGCUGAUCUCUCCCCAGAAGGUUCCCCCAGUCAUGGUGUGAUCAAUCAGAGAAACCAAACCUCUCAGCCACGGAAGAGCAGUCCCAGCUCGUUCCCCAGCUCUGCAAAUGCACCUGGCAAAAAGCUUCCCGUGCGACAGGACAAUCCCCUGGCUUCACAGACAGGUGAGCAAGGCACUCAGCCCCCCCUGAAUGGAAUUCCUGGAAGCAUUAAUACACUGGGGAGCAGCAGGAGCUCUUUGACUACCUCAGAAAAGCCAGCAGAGGAGUGGCCAGACUGGAGUGAGCCAGAGGAGACAGACACUGAGAAAACUGUGAACAUUCAAAUCCAGCCCCGGGAGCUGCGGGGCAGCACAGGACCGUAUUUUGCUGAUCAUGAUGUAGAUGAGAAGCCUUGGGAUGACUUUGAACCCAGGAGCCCCAGUCGUAAACUGUCCUCAGGAAACUGCCCCACUGUGACACAGGCUGAUGCGGCUGAAAGGCCUCUGCCAGGUACCCAGCAACUGCGCAAAGAAUUCAAAAGCCUCAGACUUUGUUCCCCCACAGAGCCUUGCCAUGGGAACAGCUGGAGCAAUGACAAGUGGGACCGUGAGGAACAACUGGGAGAAACUGUGUUGCCAAAAACCUUUCAGGAAAGGCUGAAGUCUUCAUCAGAGUCUGGCCUGGGAGAAGAAUUCACAAUCAAAGUGAAGAGGAAACCUGUGCAAGACCCGGAGCUGGACUGGUUUGCUGACAUGAUCCCAGACAUUAAACCUUCUUCCUCCUUCUUGAUUUUACCUGAGGCAAGGACAGAAGCAGUUAUUCCCACUCACUCAGGUGGGGUGUCCAGCAGAGGAGGAGCCUCCCAGACUGUGCUGUUUUCAUCCAAAUUUGCAGCAGCUGAUGUGAUUGAGGCUGAAGCUACAGGCUGGGGUGAAGAAGAGGAGUUGAACUGGGAAGAUGAUACAAACUGGUAACAGUUCUGAACAAGACCAAGGCGAUGUAUGGUGUGUUGCAUCCUGUGACAGGAGUUGCUGCUUCCCCAGUACAAUGGAUAAAGUACCUCAGCGCUGCUUUUGCCAUAAGGCAGGCACUUGCUGCACAGCCACAAGAUCCUGUGGGGCCUGAGCUCUUGCCAGGGAUGCUCCUUCCCAGUCUGUGCCAAAAGUUGCAGGGGUGAGCCUGCACUCCAGCAGUAUGCCCGGCUGUGGUGCCUCCCCUGCUCCCGGAGAGAGGACAGCGUGAUGGUGGUGAUGGUGCUGACAGGCUACUGGAGGCCAAGAGUGGUGGAGGAGAUUGAUCUAGAAGUCACCCCUUCCCUGAAAAACUGCUGACAAUAAAUCAAAAUCACACUGAGUUUCUUGGUUAACGUGCCUUUUUCCUUUGGUUUUCUUGUUUGUUUGUUUUUUUCCUUUCCCAGAAAAAUGAAGCCCUUAGAAAUGGCUCCUUUUAACUUUUCAGCUAAGAGAUGAUUUUAAAAUGAAUGUACAGUUUAUUCAACUUAUUUAUUUUUGUUUGUAUAGUUCUGUCAAUGGAUGGCACAAGAGGUGCUAGGACCAUACAGUGAACAACCACAAACUGCUCAAGCACCAUGUUCUUUCUGCUCUUAACUGUAAAGACCAAUAAAGAUUAUUUUUAAAGGA